GCUCGUAUCCUGCUGGAAAAUACUUACUGCGCUACCCGCGUGAAAGCACGUGCUUUUUCGGCUCCUCGUUCGUCUGUGAGCGUCCUUCGAACCGAACUUUUUUGUGUGUUUCCCCCUUAGCAUUGUGACACUUUUAGUGCUCCGGUUCUAAUAUUUUUGUUUAAGCUGGUCAUGUGUUCCAAGCAAUGUCGUAUCACAUAAUGCCAAGCCGCAAACGUAAAUUUUCACAUAGCACGUUGCGGUUCUAAUGCGGCAGCAAAUGUAUGGGCAUGCGCGAUAUGCGGCGCAGCCUACAACGCGCGUCGUAGAUUCUUAUGGAGUAUACCAUGAUCCACCAAGAUACAAUGUCAGCUACCAUGAUAUCCAUGGUAGCGACAGAUAUCGCGAGACAUGCGUGGGAGUCGACUACCCCCCUCGCGAAUACAAUGACACCCAUAUCACUUAUACAGACCCUCUCAGAUCUGAAACUAUGAACAUCGAAUAUGAAGAAGAAGAUGGAUUCAUCACGCAACGUUCUCCUGCUUACCGUGCAGGAGUACUGGUGAACGCGACGGGUAAUAGUGCGGUUGUACGGACUUCGGUAACUCCUCCAGCAUACGUUGCGCAAAACAACUCCCAUGCGGUUCAAUCUAACAAUCAUGCCGCGCAUAAUAAUGGCACUCAAGGGACUCAGAGCGCACAACUUACUACGCAGCCACCGCCAGUUAGAAAUCAAUCUGAGAGUGAUACUGGGAGGCCCUCUUUUUGCUGCAGGUGUAGACGAAAAAGAAAGUCUUCUUCUAAUUCCAGCUCAGCUAAUGCAAACAACAGGAACUGGUUUGCUGUAUGGUGCAGACCGACAAUUUUUUUACUGAUGUUGGUUUUGGUAGCUUCAGUAUUCGUGCUGGCCUCUGGAAUCAUUCUGUACUAUCACUAUACGCAACAAAAUGUCCGACCCAGCAUCAAUCUUGCGCCGGAUCCUGAAAACUACUGGAACUUACAAGGCCACGAAUAUGGAAUGGACUAUCCAGAGCCCUGUGAAAAAACUUACUGCGCGUGGGGAGCCCAAUGUGUCAACGCACCCGAUGGAAAGGCCCUUUGUCAAUGCCCUACGUCGUGCAAAGCAAAGAUCGAACCUGUAUGUGGGACGGAUAAUGUGACAUAUGACAACCAAUGUUCACUUAGAGUGGCGUCCUGCAAAGCCCGGCUGGACGUCAGGGUUAAACAUAGCGGGGAGUGUGUUGAGAACGAUUUAUGCAGAGAAAAGAGCUGCGGUUUUGGAACUCGCUGCGUCGUAAGUUCAGAUGGUAGAAAUGCCAGCUGUGUUUGUCCAGAAAAGUGCCAUACUUACGGCGACCAUGUUUCAUCUCAUCCCGUAUGCGGCUCAGACGGCCUCGACUAUAAAAAUAAAUGCGAACUGGACCGGGCUGCCUGCAAAUCAAACACGAACAUUACUGUUAAAUAUAAUGGAAAAUGCGAUCCCUGUGCCACAGUCGAGUGUACGGAUCCCGAAAUAUGCAUGCUCGACUCUCAGCGAAAUCCAGGUUGUCAAUGCGGUGAUACUUGCCCUUUGGAAUUCACCCCAGUUUGUGGUUCGGAUGGAAAAACCUAUUCGAACGAGUGUACUUUACGACAAGAGGCUUGCCGAACUAGAAAAACCCUUAAUAUUAUUUACAGGGGAAAAUGCAGCUCAGGUAUAAAUCCAUGUACAAUGGCAAAAUGUACAGUGGGCCAGGAAUGUUCAAUAAAUAAAUUCGGAAUAGCAGAAUGCGUGUGCCCACCUGAAUGCGAGCAAGCAAUGCGACCAGUAUGCUCCAAAGAUGGCCGCACUUUUCCAUCCGAAUGCGAAUUAAGAAGAGCCGCAUGUCUGUCGCAAACAAAUAUUGAACUCGCUUAUUCCGGAAUAUGUGGCGAAAAUGGACCAUGUACCAAACAUGAAUGCCAGUAUGGUGCAAAAUGUGUGGAAAGGUCCGGGUUUGCCCAUUGUGAAUGUCCGAGGUGCUCCUCUGAGUUCGAUCCUGUGUGCGGUUCGGAUGGAAUCUCGUAUGGGAAUGAGUGCAAGCUUAGAUUGGAAGCCUGCAAACACAGGAGGGACAUAACUCUUUUAUAUAACGGACCCUGCAACGGAUGUGAAAACAUAAAAUGCGAUUAUUACUCUGUUUGCGAAAGCGACGGAAUUACUGACGGCCGCUGUGUAUGUUCACAAAAGUGCAACGAUAUUAAGCUAAAUAAUGGAUCGGUCUGUGGAACAGAUGGAGUCACUUACGCAAAUGAGUGUGAACUACGGAAGGGUUCGUGCAACACCAAACAAACCAUUUCUGUUGCUUAUAAAGGAAAAUGCGAUUUAUGCGAGAACGUAGAGUGUAAAUAUGGGGCCCGUUGCGAAGCGGGGGAAUGUGUGUGCCCAACGAAUUGCGAUGGUUCCGGCGAUGAGUCUGUUUGUGCAUCAAACAUCAUGACAUAUCCAAACGAAUGUGAAAUGCAAAAAGCGAUGUGCCAAGACUUGCCUGGUUAUGCCGGCCCUUUGACUGUUAUUUUCUAUGGUGAUUGUAGGGAAAGGUUUCCUACAGCUAGCACUACGCUUGGCUCAUUGACGAAUGGUUCGUCGACAUCAGAGGUGGUCACCGUGCAUACCGACAACACUAUUUCCAACAUAAGUGGGAUUGCUAAAGAGGCGUGCAAAGACAUUCACUGCGAUUUUGACGCCACUUGCGAGCUGGGUCCCGACAACUUUCCACGGUGCACAUGCAAAUUUGACUGCGCUAGUGCCUCGUUAGCGUAUCCAGCGUCUAAUAAGCCAGUCUGCGCUUCUGACUUAAGAAUUUACUCUUCUAUAUGCGCGAUGAAAAUGGAGGCGUGUCAAAGGCAGGAAGAGUUGCGACUGAGGCCACUAGAGCUUUGCCAAGGGAUGGAAGUGAAGCCAUGUAAGGGUGAAAAACCCGUAACCGACCCAGUUACUGGAAGGGAGUUGGACUGCGGCAACGGACCUUUUAGACAAGACUGCCCUUCUGGCACUUACUGUCACCAAACUACUCGAUUUUCUCGAUGCUGUCGAAAAGAUAAAAACUAUAUAGAAAAGAAAAGUUGCGAGGAUACAUGGUUCGGAUGUUGCCCAGACGGUAAAACUCCCGCUGAAGGGCAAAAUUUCGCUGGUUGUCCCCAAUCAUGCGGCUGUCACAAGCUGGGAGCUUACUCUGAAUAUUGCGAUGUAAAAACUAAUAAAUGUAAAUGCAAACCUGGAGUAGGAGGAGACAAAUGCGAUCGCUGCGAACCUGGAUUCUGGGGUUUAUCCAAAAUAUUCGCAGGCUUUAAAGGAUGUAUACCUUGCGGAUGUUCGGUAUUCGGAUCGGUAAGGGAUGAUUGUGAACAAAUGACAGGAAGAUGUGUUUGUAAAACUGGAGUUCAAGGUCAGAAAUGUACUGUUUGUACUAGCCAUAAUAAAGUUUUAGGUCCUAACGGAUGUGUGUCAGCUGAUCUGAUGACGAAUACGCCUGCUACGUGCAAAGAAUUGACGUGCUACUUUGGGGCGACAUGCGUUGAAAGAAACGGAUUCGCUAUGUGCGACUGCCACGAACAAUGUCCCCAGGACAAUGAGGUGCAAACUGUCUGUGGUAGCGAUGGAAAAACUUAUAACUCAGCCUGCGAGCUUAAUGAGUUAGCUUGUAGAGUUCAAAAGGAUGUGGUUAUCCAAGCUUUUGGAACUUGUAAGGACGAUAUGUUUGUUGGAACAGAUUGGCCAAUCCGACGAUACACUCCUCUUCAAUUCACUCAACCUGAUGAGGUAAAUUCACCCUUAUCCAAAUCAACCAGGCACCUUCUGGUGCCUGAUAAUCGCUUCUAUUAUGGAAGCGCCACUAGACCAUUGAACUCCGAUAUUAAAGAUACCAGGGAUCGCCAUAUUGCUCUAGCUUACAGACCAACGCCAGCGACUGUAAGAGUUACGGCAUUACUAGGGGAUCUUUGUUCGAAAAUAGCUGACUGUUUGAUAUUAAAUAGCUAUUGUGUCGAAGGUGCUUGCACCUGUUUGCCAGAUUAUUAUCCAUCUGAAGAUAGGCAAGGUUGUAUAGAAGAUUCACGACCUACAAAAGAGUUUCGCGCCUGUAGCUCAUCUCCAUGCUAUCAAUCAAGCACAUGUAUCGACCUGCCAGGAGCAACGUUCACCUGUAUUUGUCCCGAAAAUUACACAGGACCAUCCUGCGAGUCUGAGAUAGUGGUGAAACAAUACAAUACGCCGUCUUUUAGUGGAAGAUCCUACGCCAUCCUCAAAACUAUUGAGGCAUAUAAUAAACUUAUCAUAGAAAUGGAAUUUAAGUCUUACACUUACGAUGGAAUAUUGCUCUACAAUGCGGAAAACGAGGAUGGGACCGGAGAUUUUGUAUCUCUUUCCCUAGUUAAUGGAUUUGUCGAGUUCAAGUAUAAUUUGGGACAUGGCCCGGUUAUUAUGCGCUCGCUAGACAAAAUUGAACUUGGGGAGUUUCACAGGGUCGUUGUUAAGAGAUAUAAUAGGGAUGGCCUUCUUAAGUUGGAUGAUUCUGAUGAUGUUGCCGCACAAGCAGCUGGUUCUAUGAAAGCACUCGAUUUAAAAACUGAUACUUUUAUUGGAUAUGUACCCAGUAAUUUUACCAGAGUGUUCGAGAAUAUUGGCACGGACAAGGGCUUUGAGGGCUGCAUCAAGAAGUUAAAAAUAGGUAGAGAGGAUAUUGAGCUGCACGUGUUCCGCCACGAAAUGGUGUUGGAAACUAAAGGAAUUCACGAUUGCAGCCAGCAUGCAUGUGAACACUCGCCGUGCCAAAAUCAGGCUAAAUGCCUCCCUAUGGAAGACUUGUUUAGAUGUGAAUGUCCUCCACAGUUUUCUGGAAAGUUUUGUGAUAAAAUGGAGGAUCCCUGCAUGUCAAAUCCCUGUGCAGUUGGCGCUUUAUGUAAAGCGUAUGAUCAGGACACUUACGUUUGUAAAUGUAAACCUGGAAGAGCUGGCAAACGUUGCGAGAUUGAAUAUAAAAAUGACAAACUAGUCAUUCCGGAGUUCAACGGGCGCAGUUAUAUUCGAUUUCCGCCAAUAGAGGGCAUUGAGAAGACAUUUUCAAUUGAAGUUUCCUUUAUGCCUAAAGCACCUAAUGGUCUAAUUUUGUACAGCGGCCAAAUGAAAAAUGGCAAUUUUAUUUCGUUGAGUCUGGCGUACGGAUAUUUGCAAUUCCGAUUCAGCCUAGGUGGAGGGACCGCGGACCUAAUGUCCCUAGAUCCCAUCGUAAUACGUAAAUGGCACAAGGCCCGCAUAUCUGCUAGAGGGAAAGAGGGCAUUUUACAAGUUGACAACUCGAGCAUAGUUUUUGGCUACUCUGACACCCCAAUUCAAGAUUUUCUGCUCGAUUCGCCGCUCUAUAUUGGAUCUUACCCAGAAAGAACCGAGGAAAACAACAAUCUGUUCUCCUUCCCUGGAUGGAAUAAGGGUUUCCGAGGAAUCAUUCAAGGUCUCACCGUAAAUGGAAAUCCGCUCCCGAUAACAAACAUAUUAUCGGACUGCUCAUACAAUCCCUCCAACAAUAGUUGCGCAUCGAAUGUGGGAUUUUAUGAGGGAUUACCCUGUCCCUUGCACAAAAAUCCCUGUCUAAAUAAUGGCGUCUGUGUUCCUGACUUGGAUCAUUUCACUUGCCAAUGUCCGGCCAACUUUAAAGGAAAGCACUGUGAAAUUGGGGUACAUGGGCCCAUCAAGUUUGCUGGAAAUACGUACUUGCAAUACAAGUUAAAAGGAUUUAGAAGCAAUAACCAUACUGACACGGAAAAUCAAGUAGUAGUACAACUGAAACGAAAGCGAAAAGGAACAGACCUUUUCACUGAUUACAAUGAAGAGGAGGAAUUGAGGAAAGCCGAGCUGGGCAACGACUACAAAUUCGAAAUCCAGACUUUCGUAGCCGACGGGUUGUUAUUGUGGCGCAGCAAAACAAAACGAAUUGCCAGAGAAUAUUUCGCCAUUGCAAUAGAAAACGGCUUUCCGCAGCUCAGUUUCAAUCUUGGAAGGGACAAGCGCUUUUUUUCGAUCAGGAGUACAAAAAGGAUUGAUGAUGGGCAAUGGCAUACAAUCCAUGUAAGACGUAAAAAAAGAAUUGGAAUGAUAUCUGUGGAUGGCGAAAGAACAGUACGUGGAAGAUCAAGUCCAGGAUCAAAAAGCUUAAGAACAACUGCUAAAAUUUGGAUAGGUGGUACUUCGUCCCUUCCACCGGGUUUACCUGAUGCCUACUACAAAGGUUUCUAUGGCUGCAUAAAAGAACUUUUAGUCCACAACAAACCGUUUGAUCUGACCUCAAACGUCGAUGGCAAAAAACUACAUUUUUGUCACGUUAACGACGUCUAAAUACCUCUAUUUCAAUUUUCUUUGAGGUAUUUUUUGUGAGACUGAAUCUUUAUUAACUUUCCAAUAAUAUUUAGCUGUAUUAAUGUAUAUAGAUGUACUUGUUUAUUUAUGUAAAAGAAACUCUUUGUCAUCUAGUCCUGUUUUAUAAUUUCCUUUUUAAUCAAAUUUUCGCAGGCAGGACGAAAGAAUACGUUAAAACAAUCAAAAUUAUUUCAAUUGGCUUGUAUAUGGUUUAGAAAAAAAAUUGUGAUGAAUACAAUAAGAUUGUUAAAGGCACGAGCUUUAUUUAUUUAUAAUUAUUGUGCCAUAUUUACAAUUUUUGUAUACAAGUCUGAUUAUAGCAGCCAUAUCAGGGCCAUAAAAAAAUUAAAUAUGUUUUUUUAAUGCAUUAAUUUUUAUACAGACUUUAUAAUAUUAUUUUUACAUGAGAAUUUUAUAUUUGUGAAGCUGUUUUAUAUCAAAUCUUUAUAGUUUCAGCAGUUUAUAUGGCUCUAAAGAGAAUCGACUUGUAUAAAAUAGGUUCAGUUAGAAUAUAAAAUAUACUAUAGACUAGUAAAAAAGCAAACCAUAAAGCAUAAACCAGGGUAAUCUUAUCAAGGUUUUAUUUUAGAAAUCGUAUUUUCAUGUAAGGUGUCUAAAAUAAUAAAAUUUAAUAUUAUUUAUGGUUUGUUAAUAAAACUAUAUAGAGCUUAAGUAGAAAUACAGUGGAGUACUUAAUUACAAUUAGGAUAUUUAUGUGUGUUGUUCCUUCCAAGAAUUAUAAUCCCUUGCAAAAAUAAUUAGAUAGCAAACGGAUUGUAUACAGAAUUAUUUGUUUAGUAGCAUCCAUAAAAAGAACUGAAAACAGAGUUUGUUAAGAAGGUACGAUUGUAAGAAUGUUAAUUUCUUUUAAAAUCUAUACCUAAUCAAUUGUUAUUGUUAAUGAUUUUUAAGGUAAAGAGAAAUACUUGUUAUUUUACUUUGACGCAUUUACAUAUAAUUAAAAAAUCUUGACCCAGAGAGCAAAAAUCUAUCCAAUGUUCCUCCAGAGGUUUUUUUUUUUUUUUGAAUAAUAUGAAUAUCCAGUGAACAUCCGUUCCUUUGAAUAGAUAGUAACUUUUUGUCAUUCAUAAUACAUCCAAAUAACAACGAAACAAAAAGUCCAUACAGUUGCAAAACAGGCCCAUUAAAUGGUUCUCAUUUUAAACAUAUCUAUUGGAAUUGUCCAAUGUCCAAUGACUUUUUAUUUUAUUAAAGUCAUAAGAUUAAGAUUUUCCUAUAUCCAUGGUACGGUAUUCAUAUUCAUCAAAAUGAAGAAGCACAUAGUGGAUGUUUGAUGUGCCUAUAAAGAUACAUACGAGUCCAAUGGCUUCUCAAAAAAUAUCUAUCCAUUGAAUUCAGAUAAACUAACUAUAAUUUUCCAAUGAAACUCUGAAUGAAAAUAAUUUCCAUUGGCUUGUACAAAAUUAUCAUCCAGAGGAUGUCGAUUACUAAUCCAUGGACAUUUCGACCUAAUUUGGACCGAUACAGGACUUUCAUUGUAGAAUGUGUGCUGUUUGGGAAGAUAGAAAUCAUACAAAAGGUGUAAUUUCCAACAAUAAAAUUAAUAGGAAACGUCAAUUUUUAAGACUUUUAUAGGACCUGUCAUAACAUUCGAAAAUAUCUUUACAUCUAUCUACAUUUACUACUAUCUACAGAAUUACGUGUAAUUAUUAAUUUUGCAAUGACAAUUGGCUGUUUAGCAACACAGAACAGCUGAUCCUGCUCACGGGGGCGCCCUCGCUGCUACGUGUGAACUAUGCAAGUGAAAUAGGAAAAACUAGAUGGCAUCGUACCUACUAUGUCACUUUAACAUAUUGACAAAUCCAUGUAUUUGAAGUGGAAACUGUUGAUUUUUCAGUCUUGUGCUGUACUCUAAAUAGUAUACAUCUCAGCUUGUGGUUCACAACUUAUGCCAUUAUAGUGCUUAUCGAAAUACCAAAAUUCCAGUGGCGUGUGCAGUAAAAAGCGCCAAAGUAUAUAAGUAAAAAAAUUGGACCCUGAUCUAAAGGUGAGCGCAACAGACAAAAUGCCUUUAACCUCCUCUUAAUUCUCAAAAUUUUAGUAACAUCUUUCUGUACACUUAUCUGAUGAUAAAUCGCUUAAUGCUGAGGAAACCCAGAUAAAUGAUCCGAAAAACCCAACUUUCAUGUCCGAAAAUCUUUUCGAUUCCAUCUACGUCCAAGAAUUUUAUCACUCUAAAUACCUACAAAAUCCCUUCUAUCGUGCCUAAAAACACGAAAAAUCAAUCUAUGAAACCGUAAGGCAAAAAAUAUCGAAAUCUGCCACGUCAAGACCAAAAUCUUCUUUAGUACUUGCUUUUCAUGACCCCUUUCAUCAUCAAGGUCUGAUAACCACCGCACACUAACGAAGAAUUUUAAAAAACAGAGCCUUGAAUUUGAUACUUAUUUCCUGUCUAUUUUUCUAAGAAUAUAUCGUUAGCGGACAUCAAGGAUAAACUUAACGAGUUGGGUUCCAAUCUGGAGCGAGUUGCCUGGUUGAAACCCGAACUGAAAGAAUGGAACUUACCUCUUAAAAAUUUUGAGGUUAUCCAAUUUCCUAUUGCAAAUAGUCAGCAAACUCGACGAGAUUGAAAAACUUUUUGAUGUAUUUAUUGAAUGCAUGGCCACCAAAGUCAACAAUUUCUACCCAAUCCUGCAGUCAUUCUUUCCAAUAUUCUAAUCACUGAACCAUACCCACAUACACAAAUAUAAGACCUGUCUAUAUAUGUCCUCUCCUUCCUCCUAGUCACUGUCUUCGUAAUUUAUCCUUGAAAAUCAAAAGCCCUGUAAAAAAGAUUUUCAGAAAAUAGCAGUUGAAAGUACCCCCCAGUACUGCAAGAAAACCAGCAAGGCACUAACGGACCUUGGACCCAUGAGACUGACCAUGCUAAACUCUGGUCUCAGGUCGUUCAGAUUUAUCAAUAUUUUAAGUCACAACUGAAGAAGAUUGGACAUUAUCCACCCAUAUACUCUUAAUAAACUGGCUCUGCAUCAAAUUGGCCCUUGAAAAGCUGGCUCUCAAAGUUAAAGCAAUUAUAGACAGCCUCGGGGGAUUUUAUGGAACAUGCACACAGGACCGACCAGCAAUCAUGGAGGGAUAGGAUUUGACUCUAGAUUAUGUAAACAGCCUGGACUAAUUCAAACAUUAAAAACACUCUUCUAAUUAAGCUCCCCAGGGGACCAAGCAUAACUAAAUGACAUAUUACAGCGGAAAUUUUUAGGAUUUUAGGAAAAAUGCAAUCAGAACAAAAAAUAUGUUUAACCGGGACAACAAUAUACACAGGAAAAAGUAUAUCCAUCAAUGUGGCAUGGACAAAUCUGAGAGAAGACACCAACAACGCCCUCAUAUCGAACUCACUGAGUGCUAUUCAAUACAUCCUAACGAGGAUCAACGCAGAAAUCAAUAUGACAACACUACAAACAAGGAAAAAACUUAGCGAACCAUAUAAUCGAAUAGGUCCUCAGCCAUUCUGGAAUCAGUGGUAAUAAGAGGGCAGAUAAAUUAGCCUUGGAGGGCAGAACAUGUGACCAAUGCCUCAAUAGAAAGCUGAACUUUACUGAACUGCACAAGAAAGCUAAAGAAUACUUAUGGCAGAUAUGACAAAACAUUUACGGAGACAUAUGCAGAAGCCAAAAUAAAUAAAGUCACCAGAUGCAGAAAUUACCAGGGACAGAGGGCAUGGUUGAAGGAAUUUAACAAUCUCUCCAGACAAAGGGCCUGCUUGAUCCAGCACACCUAAAUAGGAUUGGGAUUAUCAAGGACAACUUCUUAUGUACAUGUGGAGAACCAGACAAUUUGGCACACAGAGCACUAAACUGCCAGAACCUACAAGGUAGAGAACUCUAUGAUGAAUUAGCCAGAAUAUUGGAGCUCCACUGAACAUGCAAGCAAUACUUUAAGAUCUGACUGCAAAGAUAACACAACUUCUAAUGAGACACCAUUCUAGAAUGGCAGUUAAGUUGUUGCAUUUAAUCGCUCUCGGAUUUUGAUUCUUAUAUCAUUUCUAGAAAUGAUUAAUAUUAUUUAAAUUUAAAAUAUUAUUUCAAAAUUUAUUAUAUCAUUUCUAGAAAUGAUAUAAGAAUCAAAAUCCGAGAGCGAUUAAAUGCAACAACUUAACUGCCGACAUAACUUCUUCAUCGUUGGAAAGCUUUUAACCACUCAGCCAUUUUUUCAUGUUUGGAAACAGAAAGUAAUCUGAGGUAGCAAUUUUAAUAAAAGAAACUCGAAUCCGGUAAUUUUGGCCAUUGCAAUAACGGAUUGAUGGCCAGGUGCAUUAUCCUGAUGAAACAAUACUUUCUUCUUAACCAAAUGUGGUUGUUUUUGCUUGAAAGCUCUCUCUUUUGAGUCCAUUGUUUUGAUUAUUGUUUUAUCUCGGGUCAAAAGUGAUGGACCUAUGUUU